GGGGGGCGCUACUCGCUUGGGGGGGCGAAGAUGCUCGCCCACUGCGUGCAAGAUGCCACCGUGGUGGACGUGGAGAAGCGCAGGAACCCCUCCAAACACUACGUAUACAUCAUCAAUGUGACCUGGUCCGACUCCACAUCCCAGACCAUCUACCGGAGGUACAGCAAGUUCUUUGACCUGCAGAUGCAACUACUGGAUAAGUUUCCUAUCGAAGGUGGCCAAAAGGACCCCAAGCAGAGAAUCAUUCCCUUCCUCCCAGGGAAGAUCCUGUUCCGGAGAAGCCACAUCCGGGAUGUCGCUGUGAAGAGGCUGAAGCCCAUUGAUGAGUACUGCCGGGCACUAGUCCGGCUGCCUCCUCACAUCUCACAGUGUGAUGAAGUCUUUCGUUUUUUUGAGGCCCGACCAGAAGAUGUCAAUCCUCCAAAAGAAGACUAUGGCAGCUCCAGGAGGAAAUCAGUGUGGCUGUCCAGCUGGGCUGAGUCUCCCAAGAAGGACCUCACAGGUGCCGACACCAACGCUGAGCCCAUGAUCCUGGAGCAGUACGUGGUGGUGUCCAACUACGAGAAGCAGGAGAACUCGGAGCUGAGCCUCCAGGCCGGGGAGGUGGUGGAAGUCAUCGAGAAGAACGAAAGCGGCUGGUGGUUUGUGAGUACCUCUGAGGAGCAAGGCUGGGUUCCUGCCACUUACCUGGAGGCCCAGAAUGGCACAAGGGACGACUCAGACAUACACGCCUCCAAGACAGGCGAAGUGUCCAAGAGACGCAAGGCCCAUCUGCGGCGCCUGGAUCGCCGGUGGACCCUGGGCGGGAUGGUCAACAGGCAGCACAGCCGAGAAGAGAAAUACGUCACGGUGCAGCCAUACACCAGCCAGAGCAAGGAUGAGAUCGGCUUUGAGAAGGGGGUCACCGUGGAAGUGAUCCGGAAGAACCUGGAAGGCUGGUGGUACAUCAGAUACCUCGGCAAGGAGGGCUGGGCGCCUGCCUCGUACCUAAAGAAAGCCAAGGACGACCUGCCUGCUCGGAAGAAAAAUCUGGCAGGGCCUGUGGAAAUCAUUGGGAACAUCAUGGAAAUCAGCAACCUGCUCAACAAGAAGGCAGCAGCAGACAAGGACACACCAGCCGAUGGUGAGGGCCCCGAGGUGCCCAUCACCAAGAAGGAGAUCAGCCUGCCCAUCCUCUGCAACGCACCUGAGAGAUCCGCAGCCAAGCUAGCACACGGCUCCCCCGCUGUGGCCCGGAUUGCACCUCAGCGGGCCCAAAUCAGCUCCCCAAACCUUCGAACGAGGCCUCCCCCACGCAGAGAAUCCAGCCUGGGGUUCCAGCUGCCCAAACCGCCAGAGCCCCCAUCUGUGGAGGUGGAGUACUACACCAUCGCCGAGUUCCAGUCUUGCAUCUCUGACGGCAUCAGCUUCCGGGGUGGCCAGAAAGCUGAGGUUAUCGACAAGAACUCGGGUGGCUGGUGGUACGUGCAAAUCGGGGAGAAGGAGGGCUGGGCCCCUGCAUCCUACAUUGACAAGCGCAAGAAGCCCAACCUGAGCCGGCGAACCAGCACACUGACCCGGCCCAAGGUCCCCCCACCCGCGCCCCCCAGCAAGCCCAAGGAGGCCGAAGAAGGGCCGGCAGCUCUGAACGAGAACCAGGACUCGCCGCUGAAGGCCAAGUAUGAGGAGCCCGAAUAUGACAUCCCAGCCUUGGGCUUCGACUCUGAGCCGGAGCCCAGCGAGGAGGUGGCCGAGGAUGGUGGCGGCUCAGGAGAUAAGCAACCUGUCCAGGCCCGCCGACCCUCGCCUGCCUCCUCGCUGCAGCGUGCCCGCUUCAAGGUGGGAGGCUCAGCCGAGGACAUGGCCCCUGAGGAGGAGACCAUCUACGAGAACGAGGCCUUCCGGCCCUGCCCUGAGGACCCGCUGCCCACCCGGCGCCCUUCCCCUGGGGGCUCCCCACUGUGCCUCUCCAGGAAGGACUCCCCCAAAUCCUCAUCACUCCUCAAGCUCAAAGCAGAGAAGAAUGCCCAGGUAGAACUAGGCCAGAACCAUUCCCCGGCCUUUUCCUCUUCCAUCACUAUUAACACUUCUUGUUCCUCCUCAUCUUCCUCGUCCUCCUCUUCUUUGUCCAAGAACAGUGGUGAGCUGAAGCCCCGCUCUGCCUCGGAUGCAGGCAUCCGCAGCACCCCAAAAGUUGUGGCCAAGAAGGAUGCUGAGCUAAAAGCUGGGCCGACCUCCAGUGCCCGGACCAAGCCAUCAGUCCGGCCUAAGCCAUUCCUGAACCGGGCAGAGUCCCAGAGUCCCGAGAAGAUGGACAUCAGCACUUUACGGCGCCAGCUGCGACCCACAGGCCAGCUGCGCGGUGGGCUUAAGGGCUCUAAAAGCGAGGAUUCAGAGCUGCCCCCCCACUCGGCCUCCGAGGGGCCCGGUGAAGGGUCCAGGAGAGGCUCGGCCGAUCUCAUCCCCCUCCCGGCCUCCACGCCCCCGUGUCCCACCAAGAAGGGGCGGGAGGGCCAGGCUGCCUCCUAUACCACGUGUAGUGCCUACCAGAAGGUCCAGGACUCGGAGAUCAGCUUCCCUGCUGGUGUGGAGGUGCAGGUGCUCGAGAAGCAAGAGAGUGGCUGGUGGUAUGUGAGGUAUGGGGAGCUGGAGGGCUGGGCUCCCUCCCACUACUUGGUGCUGGAGGAGAGUGAGCAAGCAGAGCCGGGCGGGAAAGAGACGGACACAGAAACAGGCAAGAGCAAACAGAACGAGGGAAAGUCGGACAGCCUAGAGAAGAUCGAGAAGCGGGUCCAGGCACUGAACACAGCCAACCAGAGCAAGAGGGCCAGCCCGCCCAUCCCCUCCAAGCCUCCGGGAGGCUUCAGCAAGACCCCGGGCGGCAGCAGUGCAGUGAAGAUGAGGAAUGGUGUGCGGCAGGUGGCUGUCAGGCCCCAGUCGGUGUUUGUGUCCCCACCUCCUAAGGACAACAACCUGUCCUGUGCCCUGCGCAGGAACGAGUCGCUCACAGCCACUGAUGCGCUCCGUGGCGUCCGCCGUAACUCGUCCUUUAGUGCUGCUCGCUCAGCGGCUGCCGAGGCCAAGGGCCGCCAGGCUGAGCAGGCUGCCAGCCCAGCUUCCGACUCCCCACUCUUGCCUACCCAGCGCAACGGCAUCCCCGUCUCCCCUGUGCGCCCCAAACCCAUCGAGAAGUCCCAGUUUAUCCACAACAACCUCAAAGACAUGUACGUCUCCAUUGCUGACUAUGAGGGUGAUGAUGAGACAGCGGGCUUCCAGGAGGGUGUGUCCAUGGAGGUCCUGGAGCGGAACCCCAAUGGCUGGUGGUAUUGCCAGAUCCUGGAUGGGGCAAAGCCCUUCAAAGGCUGGGUACCCUCCAACUACCUGGAGAAAAAGAACUGACUGGGGGGGGGGGGGGCUUCCAGCCUCACUGUGGGUAUGUGGUGAGAUGCAGACAAAAGUGAGCAUGAACAGGGGAAGUGGGGAAACUAAGUUGCACCCUGUGGCCUGUGCCCCCUCCAGCCUAUCUCCCAGCUGGAAGGCAGGGCUGCUGGGGGCACACAUUGGGCAGAGCCACUGCAGGCCUGGGACCAGAGGACUUAAUGCAUGGCACUGACAAGAGGGCCCUGUGGGACCCUCUGAUUAUGCCAUGGCUGCAGAUCUGGAACAGAGGCAGUGACAGGGCCUGGCAUCUUGCCACCAGAGGGAGCACUGGUGCCCUCCUCAUCUGUGUUUGUGAAUCGUGCUGGCUCACGGAUCAGGCACCAUCUGCCUGCCAAGAGCAGGUAUGUUGGAACACUCUGUGGGUUCGGGGUUCCAUGAUUAGGACCCAAGCUACUGUCAUUGUCUCCUGGUACCA